AUGUAUGGCUAGUUCUCCAGCAUCCAAUAUUUGUACUUCUAUAGUGACUUUAGGCGUAAUUACUUGAGAAAGUGCAUGUAAAUGUCAGUAUGUCUAAUUUAAAGAGAAAUGUUUAGAUUACAAUACUGAAAAAAUAACAAACCAUUCCAAGAAUAUAAAUUUUUGGAAAUGCCAACGGUUGUGCGAGCAUUCUUACGAAUUAUGUAAAAUUAAAUUAUAAUUAUUUAGCCUAAUAAAGAUCCAAUAGUGUUAACAAAAGAACUGGAUUCACUCACAGGGUAAUUGUUAAUUCGAUGGAAAAGGGAAUUACUAAAAAAACUCCUUGCAUAACUAAAUGUUGUACAGAGUUAUUAGGAAUCAAUACUCAUGUUUGUAGUAGAUUUACAACUGGCUACUAUUGUUACUUUAAUAAAUUUAUUAAAUGUGUCGAAAUAACUGAUCAAAAAGUUGACGCAAGUUCAGUAUAAUCAGUGAUGGAUAUCUAUAAUUUCAAACAAUUCAAAUGUUCGUGCUUCUGUUUUCAGAGUCACUACUAUACAAGAAUAAGUUAAGGUGUUAUAUUUGCAUUGUGUUGGAAAUUAUGCAUAAACAUAUGGACCCAAAAUUGUAUUAGUUACAUUAAAAAACAUGUAUCAGUUAUUUCAAUAGGAAUUGAAAUUUACGCAAUGUAUUGAUGAAAUACAAGUUUUCUAAUAGCAGCAUCAAUAAUCUUUUAUCUAAGACGAAGAAAGUUUAACAAACAUCCUCAAAGAAUUUGCAGUAUGCAUUGGGUACNAGUUUUAUUAAGUAAAUGAAAACGUUUGUAAGCGAUUUCAAAAUAGAAAGUAGGAUGGAAAUAUGACUUAACAACUAAAUUCUUGAAAGAAGUAUUGGAUAGGAGAUCUGUACAACUCCUUAUCUGAAUUUAUCAGCAUGUGUCUAGAUCACUUAAGCUAUGUCAUGUCGUUAGAGAGAAGAAGUUAACAAAUGUGAAAUAGUGGAAGUGAUUGCUUUAGUCACAAAAUGCACAGAUUUAAAAUAUUCAAUUCCAUUGGCAAGCUCUUAGAUUUCUGAGUUGAUAAAUAAAAAGAAUUUAGGAUGUUAUUUUAACAGCAAUACUCAACAAUGUGAAGUUAUAAUUAAAGGGAAUUUAGCUGAAAUGGAAUUUUUGAACAGGAGUUAAAUAAAUAUGGGUGCACUAUGAUUGCAAAAGUUGGAUAGAGAUGUAGAUGGUUUAGAGGAUAAUUUGCAAGUAUUAGAAAUAAAGAAUAAAUAGCCUCUAUUUCAUGCAAUGAACUCAAAUAUGUUAAUCUUGAAGCUUGUGGUCUUGUCACUUUUAGCAAAGAAGUUUGUAAAUAUAGUAUUGAUGGGAACUCAUUUGCUUGUUCUUAGAUGAGAAGAAAUACUAACGGAUGUUAUUUUGAUAAAAUCAACAAUGUCUGUUUGUUUGGCUCUAGAUAGGAAAUAAUCCUAUGA